CUACCGAUUAGGUUAUUCCAGUGAUAAAAGCAAUCUAAAGCAAGGUUGAGAUGGACUGUGGUGAGCACGUUGUGUUGGAUGAGACAACCGAGUUGCAGUUCCUUUCAAAGGAAGAACUCAUCCAAAGGGUGGUCAAGCUAACAAAAGAGAAGGAAGAAGUACUUUUGAUGCUCGAUGAAAGCUCUUCAGUGGAACAGAAACCAGAUACGAAGAGGGCACUUGUAUCGGCAGAUCGUAGAAAGAACUCCAAGGAAUCUAAGGCAGGCACUGGAAACACUAGCAAGCAAAAGUCAUUUGAUUUUUCUCGAUAUCAUAAACGACACAUAGCUCUGAAAAUAGCUUAUCUUGGAUGGGACUUUCAUGGCUUUGCUAGUCAAGAGAGUACAGAAAACACAAUUGAAGGUCACCUUUUUGCCGCUCUAUAUAAAGCUUGUCUAGUAGAAAACAGAGCUAACAGCAACUACUCCAGAUGUGGAAGGACGGAUAAAGGGGUUAGUGCCUUUUCACAGGUUGUUUCCCUUGAUGUACGAUCAAAUCUGGCUGAGGGUCUUGGUGUCAUUGUGAGUGGGGACAGAGAAAAAGUACAAAAAAGAAUCGGUAUGUAUUGAACUUCUAAUUUCAAUCACUCAGUUCCUCUUCCCCCACCUUGAAAAUAUUUGAAUUAGAAAUCGUUUCACUUUUUGAGGUUGUGUUUAUGACACUUAAAGAUCCGUUGUGUUGCUUCCCUACAGUUGCAAUCUUGUUACUACUACAGGGUUAAAUAAAAAAGUUUACUUAACUUUUAUUUUUGCAAUAGAUUAAAAGUUUGAUUAAUUCAUUGGCAGGGAGAACCAAGGAGAUUUCAGAAAUCUCCUAUGCUCAUAUUCUAAACAAGCUCCUUCCACCAGAAAUCAGGAUUAUUGCCUGGAUGCCAGUGGAACAAGAAUUUGAUGCAAGAUUCAGUUGUUUACACAGGACAUAUAAAUACUUCUUCCCUGCAGCAAAUCUUGAUAUAGAAAUCAUGAAUUGUGCAGCUCAGAAAUUUGUGGGAAAGCAUGACUUUAGGAAUUUUUGUAAAAUGGAUGUUGCAAGUGGUGUUUUAACUUUUGAAAGAGAUCUUCUAUCAGUUACAGUUGAAAAGAUAAAGAAUGACUCACACCACUGCAGUGGCUAUCAAAUAUGUGAAAUAACAAUUUGCGGGUCAGCAUUUCUGUGGCAUCAAGUGCGAUGUAUGGUAGCUGUACUUUUCAUGAUUGGUCAGAAUCUAGAAAAUAAGGAAGUUAUUGACUGGAUGCUUGACAUCAAGCAAUGUGCGAGUCGACCACAAUACAAUAUGGCCUCAGAAUUACCUCUUGUGUUGUAUGACUGUUGUUAUGAGCAAAUGUCAUGGAAACAUGAAUGCGGGACUUUAGAAGCCUUAUUGAAAGACUUUCAGAAGUUGUGGACAAGUCAAGCCAUCAAAACAGCAAUACUUAGUAAGUUGACUGAAAAGCUAGAUGAUGCAGCUGUGAUUAAAUGUGUUGACAGGAGCAACAUUGCUGGUGAGCAUGACAGUGGCGAGAUUGUUUCAUGGAGUGACACAAGACAACCUCAAUUUCAUCAGUUGAUGUCAUUGGUCCCCUUCCAAAUAAAAAACAAAACACGCAAACCACUUGCUAAAAGAGACCGGCAUGAAAGUUUUGAAUUCAAAUUGGAGGUAGUUAAUGCAAAGCGAAGAAAAGCUGGCAAAGAAGAAUUUGCAGAAAAGGCAAGUGAGUCGAGUUAAGGAAUGAACAGUGUGUUCCAUGUAUUUUAUUAUGGUAAUAAGCUGGAAACAUAGGACUUUGCACAUAUAGAGUACAGUUUAAGGUUGAAAAAAAAAGCAUCCGACAUUUACCUUGUGUGUUUUUAGAGGCCAUAACUAUAGAUUCAUGUACUUAAAAGGAGUGUUGAUUUGUAAAAAAAUACUGUAAUUGUUCUUCCAGAAACUCAUCAUCAGCCAGGUACCAACACAAUCAACAAUUACCUUAAUAUUAAAAAAAGAACUACAUUAUUUUAUUUGUUGUUAGGACAUGACUAUCAGGUUGGUCAGUGAAUAGUGCUGUGAUUGGUGACCAAAUUACCUAAUCCAGUGAUGAUUUCUUUAGAUUUCAAUUUGUGGUAGUGAAAGUAACAAUUAUUGCUAGAAUAUAACGUUAGAAGGUGGUAUAUAUGGUGUUUUUUUCACUGACAAAGGGUUUCAAUGCUGCAUUUCGUGGAUUUUAAAGGUUAAAACGUAUAUUGGUGGGUAUCGCCACUUACAGGUUUAUAACUCAAGCUAGUAACAAAGACUAUAAAUGUUGUUGUUGCUGAUCUUUUUUGUUCAGUGCAAGUAAAGUUACGUGAGCAAUUUUUUGGCAGUUUGCAUACCAAAGAUUUUGCAAAGAAACGAUAUUUAGAGGCAAAACUAUCGCAAUAUUUUGCUGUGCAGGUGUUUCCGGAAUGCACAGAAUUAAAGAAAGCGACAAUGAUCAUUGUAAAAGUACUUGAGACUAAGUAAAUACAAUAUUUUACAAUUACAUCAAUAUUUAGGGGGCGUACAUUUUAAUUCACCGCUAUGCAAAAAGACCGAAAGUACAGAACAUUUUUCAUCAACACAAUUUAGUAAUGAAUCUUACCGAAUCUAAGGCCGACUUUUUUUUGUCAACAAAACUCGUUUCAAAAUGUCAGAAACAUUCCGUGCAAUAUAUUCUGUUGUUUUAUCAUCCUUAACAUUAGAGGGAUCAAAUCCGGGAAUUUUUAGGGAAGUUAUCUGCCUUUAUUGGUGAGAAGUUGUCUUUCACCUGUCUUGUUCUUUUGUCAAAAAACAACAGAGGAAUGCAGUUCUAAAAUAAAAGACGAGUUCUUGACAAGACGACUCAAUCAAAUCAAUAGGGAGUGUUCUCGAAAAGCUCCUCAGGUAAUGCACUAUACUUUUUUCCCAAUUCACACGAAAAUGAUGAAAGUUUUAUUACUGGUGUCACACAACGUCUUUCGUUAAUCUUGGCUGUCACAAGGUAGAACGAAUUUUUACUAUGUCGAUAUCAGCAAUGUUUUAAAGGGAUUCCAAUGUAACUUUACUGGGGCUCUAUGGCAAAAUGAAAGACUGAACGAGCAAUCAGUGGAAAAUUCGCUUCCAUAAAGGUAAUAAGUCUACUGUCACAAUUUUUCACCGCAUGAAGCGUGCAAAGGGUAAGGGAAAUUUAUUCAAUACUUUGACAUGAACAUGAUGGC